AUGUCUGAAAACAACAACACUGAAUCUAAGAAGAAAGUCCCUAAGUCGAAAAAGGUUGAUGACGACGAUGAUGAAGACGUUAUAUAUGCAGAUCCAACUGUUAAUAAGGUCCCAAACUUCGAAGUCUCCGAACUAUCCUUCAUAUUAACUCAGCCGAGUUUGAUUUCUCAACAUGAAGAUGUUGAAAAAUCAGUUAUGGAAAAAAUUAAGGCUGAACAUAUGGCUCCAUAUUAUAAAUAUUUAACUCAUGAAUAUUUACCAAAGGAUAAGAAUAAUAAAACUGUUAUUCCAUUCGAUGAAAAGCUAUACAAAGAGUUAUUGGAUUUGAAUGAACAAAAUAUUACAGAGUUGAAGGAACGUAUAACUGAAAUUGAAGAAAAUGAUGAAGGUGAAUUAGAACUUGCACAAAGUUGGAUUAAAUUAGGUGAAUAUUACGCACAAAUUGGUGAUAGAGAAAAUGCUCAAGAAGUUUUAGAAAAAGCUAUCACUAAAGCUAUUUCUACUGGUGCAAAAAUAGAUAUUAUGUUAACUAUUACAAGAAUUGGUUUCUUUUAUAAUGAUCAACAUUUCGUAAAAGAAAAGUUAGAAGCAAUCAAUUCAAUGCUAGAAAAAGGUGGUGGAGAUUGGGAAAGAAGAAAUAGAUAUAAAACUUACAAAGGUAUGCAUUGUUUAGCAAUUAGAGAUUUUAAAGAGGCAGCGGGUUUACUAGUCGAUUCUCUAGCUACUUUCACAUCCACUGAAUUAACCUCAUAUGAAAAUAUAGCAACUUAUGCGUCGGUUGCUGGUUUAUUUACGUUAGAAAGAACCGACUUGAAAUUAAAAAUCAUUGAUUCACCGGAGUUAUUAUCAUUACUAACUACCAAUUCUGCAUUACAAUCAAUUUCUUCAUUGACAAUCUCAUUAUAUACUUCAGAUUAUUCAAGUUAUUUCCCUUAUUUAUUGGAAACUUAUGAUAACGUUUUGAUCCCAUGCAAAUAUUUGAAUAAACAUGCUGAUUAUUUUGUGAGGGCAAUGAGAAGAACGGUAUAUGCUCAAUUAUUAGAAUCUUACAAAACAUUAUCAUUAACCUCUAUGGCCAAUGCAUUUGGUGUUUCCGUUGAUUUCCUAGACAAUGAUCUCGGCAGAUUCAUUCCAAAUAAACAAUUAAAUUGUGUUAUUGAUAGAUAUAAUGGUAUCGUUCAAACCAAUAGACCAGAUAACAAAAAUUCACAAUAUCAUCUAUUAAUUAAGCAAGGUGACGGUUUGUUGACAAAAUUACAAAAAUACACAGCCGCCGUGAAGUUAACUGGAUCAUCUGAUCACGCAGCUUAA